AUGGCGAUUUUGUGGAUAUUGCUUUCAUUGGCUUCGUUCCUGUUCAUCAGGUACCAGUGGUACCGCAGACGUCUCUAUUACGCCGCUUGGAGUCUUAACGGUCCCAUCAGUUUGCCCAUAAUUGGGUCAACAUUUCCGUUCAUUUUUUGCAAAACUGAAGAUCUUUUGCAACAAAUUUACCAAAUUGUCAAUAAGUAUGAUAAUCCGAUUGGGUUUUGGCUAGGGCCUGAGUUGACUGUGGUUUUUAAGGAGCCGCGACACUUAGAAAAGAUAAUGUGUUCGUCGAAGUUCAGCCACAAACACAAAAUCUACGACCUGAUGAAGGUUUUUCUAGGGGAGGGUUUAAUAACGGCUUCAGGUCAAACGUACAAGCUUCACAAAAAAAUGAUUCAGCCGCUUUUCAGUUUGGAAUUCAGUACGGAGUGUGUUGGGGUUUUUGAAAAACAUAUGGAAGUGUGUGUAGAUAAACUAGAAGGGUUAGUGGGCAGAAACUACUUUAAUAUAGAAGAGGUCAUUCAUAAAUGCACUGCUGACAUCAUUGGAGACGUCGUACUAGGAUACAGUUUCGAAUCACAAAAGGGAAACAAUGUUGACUACACUGAAGGAUUUACAGAAGUUUAUAAAAUAGCCUUUGCCAGAAUGGCAAAACCUUGGUUGCACCCUAACCUAAUUUUCAGGUUCAGUAAACUUGGCAAGCAUCUCCAAAAAAUAUGUGACUUGUCUAAUAAACUGAAAGACGAAGUGUUUGCAAAAUAUUCGGAAAGACAAAAACGGUCCAAAAAGCUCGUUGUAGAACCCAUCGUUGAUAAAAUCGCACGAUGUGUAGAGGAAAAUCCUGGAUUAGUUUCCAGGGAAGAGUUUUGGUUUCACCUCAUUUCUCUCUAUAUGGCUAGCCAAGAUACCAUAGCUCUGAUAGCCUCAGCUGCAUGUCUAUGUUUUGGGAUGUAUCCAGAAUAUCAGGAAAAAGUUGUCCGCGAAAUGCGUAAUGUGCUAGGUAAAGACAUCCACAAUUUAAACGUGGAAGACCUCACGAAACUCCCGUUUCUGGAUAUGUGUGUGAAAGACGUAUUGAGACUUUUCCCCAUCGGUCCAUACAUCUUUCGCAAAAAUUUAGAAGAUCAACAACUAGACAAGUGGUUCCUUCCUAAAGACUGUGGAAUCGGUAUCCCGAUUUACAAUUUACACAGAAACCCAACCUACUGGAAAAAUCCGGAUCACUUUUACCCCGACCACUUUUUACCAACGGCUGAACAAAGCCGGCCCUCAUUUGCCUACAUACCAUUCAGUGCGGGACCCAGAGGUUGUAUUGGAAAAGUCUUCGCCAACAUUAGUGUCAAAGUAAUUUUGAUACACUUGCUGCAGAAUUUUGAAAUCGAGGCACAUGGGAAGCUGCCCAGUGUCAAGUUCACCAUGGAUAUUUCCACACGGUCGCUGAAUGGGUAUAUGGUAAAAAUAAAGCGACGUAGCAACUGACAAUUUUUUAUUGUGUUUCUAAUAGUCA